AUGGUGGGGAGGACUUCACAGAAUCACGACUCAGGACCGCAACUCGCUGCCAGGACGCCGCCGACGACGGACGGAAGGGGAAAGGGCGUUGCCUUUGCCAGCGAUGAGGGUAGUGCUCGAACAAGACGGGCGGCCUACGACGAGCGUGUGCGCACCACCUCGGUGAGCUCUGAGGACUCUGAAGGAUACGAACACGUGAAUACGCUGCUAUCUGCGUCGUCGAUUGCGAAUACCGAUACCGUAUCUUCGUCGGGCCACUCGACGGCCAUGACGUCGGCUACCACCUACGAUGAGCGACCCGACGACGGCACUCCAAUCGCCGAACCGCCGUAUGCGCCUCCCAGCCUUAGCCUUCUCGAACUCGUAUCUAAUACUGCAUCGUCGUCUGCGCUUCCCGAUAGCUUCGAUGUCAAUGUGUCGAGGAAAGGUGGCUAUGUGGCAGUAUACUCGGCGUCGAACUUGUUCUUGAUCAAGACGGUGCAACUGCCGCGACUAUGGGCAAGGACACUACAGGUCAAGCGCAAGCCGGUUGCCAUUGAUAUCACCGAAGAUGGCUUUCUGUUAGCAGUGCUGUCGAGACCCUCUCAGGUCGAUCUAUACGAAAUACAUGGCGAGGGGGACAAUCAGAUCAAGAAAAGGCGGACUAUUAUGCUCGUGCACGAGGCAAGCUCCAUAGUCAUAUCACCGGAUGCACGUAUAUUAAUCACGGGAAAUAAAUUUGGCAUCGAGGUUAUUGCUAUUGGGCCAGAAGUAUCCGAGACGACUCGGCGUACGCUUUCUGGCCCAGCCGGCGAUGCGUUGGAGUUCUCGGACGAUGGUCGGACGCUGCUCAUUACAGGCUAUGCGAGGAAGUCGGAUGGCUCAGCCCUGUUUGUUCUUCCUGGUCUCUACGAUGGCCCGCUCACGGAGGAAGGAGAGCCGAUACCGCAACCACCGGAGGCUGCGUGGACGGGUUCAGUGCUGUUUCCAGAGACUGCGAGAAUUGCGCGACAAGCUACACUGCUCCCUGAUGCGGAUACAGGGACUUUCAACGAACUUUUCGCCUUCAACGCCGAGGAAGACUCGUGGGGAAUUUACGAUAUUGCAUGCCAACGAUUCACACAGCGGAAGAUGUUCUUGCCAGAUCACGCAAGGUGGACGCGCUCCGAGUUUGUGGAUGAUGCCAUGCCUGCUGUAUCUCCGAAUGCCGAUCUUGCGGCGGUAGCCUUGCGGAUGCGCGGGACGACCAAUAUCUGGAUUUACGAAGUACCAGGUUGGGAGUACAAGCCGAGCGAAAAGACCAAGUUGGAUGCCCCAAUUCAGCCUUGCUUUUGCGUCCCUAUCCCAAACGACAACGCAGGUACUCUGCAAGAAAUAUGUGUGCUGAGAUGGGUCAGACUGAGUGCAAAUGUACAGCGACUUGUAGCAGUCGGCAACUCGAGCAUCCUGCCCGACGAGAACGAUGUGCCGGGGGCGCCACUGGGCUCCAAGGGUGUUUUGAUAAUUCUUGAUUUCGACAAGACGAAACCCCUGGGAAGCGCUCCACCAACGCCGCUGAAGACAGAAUACGACUUAGACCCCCUUUGUCCGGGCGAGAUGCUGCCAGAAGGCUCCAUAGACUUUGAUCGCGAGGUAGAACUGGUACGAACCAGGACCAUGGCGCAGCGAAGAGCUCAGGACCGGAACGACAUCGUUGCACGAAGACCUUCGAGAAUUGGUACUACACCCGUCCAACGAUCACUUACUACUGCCAACCCCAAUGCAUCACGGCCCCGAUUACCAUCAGAUGAUUCUGAGGAGUUGACACCGGAGGAGGCACAGGCAAUGUUUGAAGCUCCGUAUGAUAACCAGCAACCCCGAUCUCAGAUGUCUCUAGCUAGAGCUGCUACUGUUGCGGCGAUAUCACCAGCAAACCGUCAGCAUCUCCGUGCACUACCUUUCAGACCUCUGGAAUAUCGCCGCGCGGACGGUCAUCGAGAGCUACCACACGAAAGUGAUGCAGAUAACUGGGUGCCACCUCCGCCGGCUUAUACAACCACUGCCGCAGCAGCGGAAAGCGUCAGCUUAAGCCAUCCCGAUGCGCCUCCGGUGCCGCGAUUAUCCCACGCGCACUCCUCGCCUUCGAUACCGCCUGUCCCCCCAUUACCAAACAUGUCCGCUACUAUCAACCCCUCCCAACUAUCCCCAUCGCAUCCUUACCGGCGUCGCCAGCAAUCAAUCUCUUCAAUCGACGUCUCCUCCUCCCCAUCCCCAGAGUCAACCCGCCGCCCCUCUCUGCUCCACCCAUCCACAUACCCUGACCCCCAAUCCUCAGGCUCCACACGAAGAAGACGAUCAAGCACCCGAUCCCCACCAGAACAGAUGUCCUACACACCCUUACCACACACCCCAUCUGCAUCUGUGUACCCCAACACCUCUUCACACAUGCCUACUCGACGGCCUACAAAUAGCCGUACACAACGUGUCUCACAACACGACAACCUCGACCUGUACGCUCCGCCCGUCCCUAGUCUACCACCGAAUACCCGCCGCGGCUCAGCGCCCAAUGUAGCUAUCCAGCGCCGUCCUUUACCCCCGACUAGCCCACGUAUGAGCAUGCCUUAUCAAGCCCCAAUAGCUCCAGCCACGAACAGUCAGCCAAGAAACGCGUUACCGCCCCUCGUUCCUCCAGGCCAACAGUUUGCAACUGGUCAGAGAUUCCCGGUUAGUGCGCCCCCAAGGACGGGUCAGGAUGCGCAGUACAAUCAUCCUUAUGGGCAACAUCCUUAUGGCCUGCAAGCAAUGGGUGGUUUGCAUAGGGCGAGCCAGAGUGUAGGGAAUUUGAUUGCUGGUGGGGGUGCUGCGGCGAGUGGGAGGAAUCCAAGGAUGGAUCACACCGAUGUGUUGGUUGGGGAAGGGGAGAAGGAGAAGAAGGGGAACGGAAGGAAGAGGCUUGGAUGCGUUGUUAUGUGA